AAAAUUGAGUCCCACUCAAUGUAAGUAGUAGACCAGGCCUAGUUCAUAUCUGAGCUUCAUGAGACCUCGGAUCUUUAAUUCGGUCUUCUUCCUUGUAGGUUUGAAAUAAUUGAACUAAGCGACUAUUAAGUUUUCUUUCGGCUCUAUAUUGUAGGAUUUGGAUUAGUUGACUUCGUCAAAAUCGAGGUGUGGCCAUACCUGUCAGAGAAGAGAUUCGAACCCAAAUGAUAUAUCUAUUGCAUUGCCCACCAAAGCUCUUUUCCUCCACUGCAGGCUCAAUUGGAAGAAUUCAGUUAAGGAGGCUGGUCCCGCCCUGGACAGCAGAGUUCAGGGGAGGAGUGAACUCCAGGGCGCGGGUGGUGCUGAGCCUGGGCUGUGCUGGAACAGCUCAUUCCUGAGCUUACAGGAUUACUCAGUCUUCUGGACCAUGAGCACCUGAGUGAAGCUACCUUAGAGAAGAAAAUUGCUGUUUCAGACAUUCUGAAGAACAUACAGCCUCUUCCAGGAAAAGAGAUGUCUUACAUGUAUAUGAACACAGCUGACUUAUAUUCUGGACCUAGUUUUGUGGAGUCUCUUUUUGAAGAAUUUGACUGUGCCCUGAGCAACCUUCAGAACAUGCAUGAAGAUGAUGGGGAGGUUGACGGAGACAACUUGGAGCCAGCAACAAAUCAGUUGCUGAGAAAAUCAUCAGAUCCUCCUCCACCACUUCCCACUAAUCCUCCUCCAGAAGAUGACUAUGAAGAAGCCCUUCCUCUGAGCCCAGGAAAGACACCUGAGUACAUCAGCUCUCAUAAUGGUUCAAGCCCACCCAACUCCAUUGUGGAUGGUUACUAUGAGGAUGCAGACAGCAGCUACCCAAUGACCAGGAUUAAUGGAGAGCAGAAGAAUUCUUAUAAUGACUCAGAUGCCAUGAGCAGCUCUUAUGAAUCCUAUGAUGAUGAAGAAGAGGAUGGAAAGGGGCAGCAGUUAACCCACCAGUGGCCUUCAGAGGAAGCUUCCAUGCACCUGGUGAAAGAUUGUAGAAUCUGUGCCUUCCUGCUACGGAAAAAACGCUUUGGCCAGUGGGCCAAGCAACUGACUCUUAUCAGGGACAACCAGCUGUUGUGUUACAAAAACUCCAAGGACCACCAGCCCCACUUGAAGCUGGCUCUGGGAGUCUGUAAUGUCAUUUAUGUGCCCAGGGAUGGACGUCGCAAGAAACACGAGCUACGCUUCUCUCUGGGUGGUACAGAGGCCCUGGUUUUGGCUGUACAGAGCAAGGAACAGGCUGAAGAAUGGCUGAAGGUUAUAAAAGAGGUGAGCAAGUCUUGUGGAGGAGCAGAUGGAACAGAGGAACCCAAGUCUCCCGUUUUCCAGCACAAACUAGACCUAGACAAGAGAUUAUCCCCAGACAAGCAGACGUCAGACUCAGACAGCAUCAGCACAGAAGGCUGUUCAACCAAUAGUCGCCGUGAACCAGGAGACCCUGGAAGAGGCAAGAAGAGCAGCCUGGCAGAACUGAAGGGCUCUGUCAGCCGCGCCGCUGGACGGAAGAUUAACCGCAUCAUUAGCUUCUCCAAGAAGAAGUCAGUAACUGAAGAUGCACAGAUGUCCCCAGCGGAGGAAGGGGUCCCAAACUUUGGUUACUUGAACGUCUUGGGAAAUCAGUGCUGGAAGGAACGCUGGUGUCGUCUCAAAGGCAACAUAUUAUAUUUCCACAAGGACCGCACAGACCUCCGGACCCAUGUAAAUGCCAUCACUCUUCAGGGCUGUGAGGUUGUGCCAGGCUUUGGCCCCAAACAUCCAUUUGCUUUCAGGAUUCUCCGUGGACGGCAGGAGGUCUCUAUCUUGGAGGCAAGCUGUUCUGAAGAUAUGGGCCGCUGGUUGGGGCUGCUGCUGGCUGAAACAGGUUCCAGAGUACCUCCUGAGGCCCUGCACUAUGACUAUGUAGAUGUGGAGACCAUAGCCAGCAUUGUUAGUGCUGGGCGACACUCCUUUUUAUUUGCAAGUUCCUGUCAAGGCCAAUGGCCUGAGCCUAGGGUCUAUGAUGAGGUCCCCUAUGAGAAGAUGCAGGAUGAAGAACCUAAGCGUCCAUCCGGGGCCCAGGUGAAGCGACAUGCUUCUUCUUGCAGUGAGAAGUCAAUCCGUAUAGACCCACAAGUCAAAAUCAAGCGCCAUGCUUCCAGUGCCAAUCAAUAUAAGUAUGGGAAGAACCGGGCAGAGGAAGAUGCCCGCAGGUACCUGGUAGAAAAGGAGAAGCUGGAGACUGAGAAGAGUUUGAUCAGGAAUGAGCUAAUGACCCUACGCAAAGAGAAGAGGGAAUUAAAAGAGGCCCUGAAGAACAGUGAAGGAACAAGGUUAAAGGAUCUAGAAGAAAAGCUAGUGAUGCUAGAAGCCCAGUGCCGGGAGAAGGAAGAGAGAAGGAUUGAUCUUGAGCUGAAGCUUGUGGCCGUGAAGGAGAGCCUGAAGCAAUCCCUGGCGGGAGGCCCAGCCCUUGGGCUUGCUGUGGCCAGCCAAUGCAAGAAUGGAGAAACGGCAAAUAAGCCUCCCAGCCAAGAAUCUUCUCCUCCUGUCAACUGUACAUCAGAAUUGAGGAAGAGAAGCCCAUCUAUCAAUGUUUCCAGCAAAGGGAAAGUGCUCCAGAAGGCCAAAGUAUGGGCAUAUCACUUUACACAGAAUUCACAACAAUUAGAAAGGCAGCUAUAAGAGAAGAAACUGACCUAUUAAUCCUGGAUCUGCCACCAACUUGAUAUGGAUAGUCUGGGUUUGAGUCUCUUCCUCCACAUAUUAGCUAAAUGCCCUUGCAGAUCUUGAUUCAUUAGAAACUUUCACUUCAGAUUCAUUCAUGUUUAAUAAUGGCAUUCUAAAAAUUCAGAACACACUUUUAAAUAAAAUCUGCAUUAUUAACAUUUUCACCUUCACUUUCUUAAAUCUAAUCAGUCAAC